UCGUUAAAUGUUUAAGCACAAAAAAUCUCCUUCACUUUUAGAUACAACGAGAUAAUCUAUUGAGAAAUACAGUUUAUUAACGAGUGACGUUUCAACAAUUAAAAAACCAUAAAUCAGUCCGAUUAAUUUCAAAAAGAUUCGUACCCCGUCAACUCUUGUGGAACCGCUACAAAAAACUUCAAGGUAACUAUCCUAACAAAUCUCUUCUGAUGCUUUAAAUGAAAUUUUGAUUAUAAAUUAAAAGAUAGCUGCUUUGUAAUAAAGAAAGUCAGUUUUGCUUUAAUAAUUUUAGAGAAUUGAGUAUUCUGAUGCUCGAAAGGCUAUUCGUUAUAACAAGGAUUUCAAUAAUAAGUAUUUCGAUAAAUAAAGCAUAACAUAGAUGGAAAAGAAUUGGACACACUAUUAAGGUUAGAUGGAUUAAUAAUAUAAGUUUAAUGGGAAAGGGGUAUUGCACUUUAAGAAUGCAAAGGUUUUUGGAGUGUUUAAGGACGGUAAUUUGGAAGGAAGAGCAACAAUAUUCGAUUCAGAGUACAAGAUUAGUGUGGGA